AUGAAGUCUGUUACGCUGAAUGAGCAUUCUGCAAUGUUAAAUGGUUUCGUUGUUGGACUCAAUGUUAGACAAUUUUUACAUGGGAGUGGCUUUGCGAACCUCCUCAAAUUGGCAAAUCAUCAGUUUUUUUAUUGUAAACCCUUAAUUUCUGUUUUGGUUGAUUGUUACGAUACGAAAACAUUUACCUUUAGGUUAGGGGAUAGCUCUUGUGAAUUAUAUUUUGGUUUAAGGGAUAUUUUAUACAUUACUGGUUUGAGGAUAGUGGGUAAACCUGAAGUGACAAUAGAAGCACGUGGAGAAGAUAUUGCAAAAAUUCUAUUUCCUUACAUAGAAGGGGUUUAUGAAAAGAAGGGUUUUGUGUUGAAAAAGUUAAAAGAACUUGCUAUGAGUGAUCAACCUUUUGUAAUUAGAGUAAGGGCUACAGUUUUACUUUUGUUGGGAACUCUUGUUUUCCCGAACUCUAGCUCAAAACAUGUAAAAGGGUUGUAUGGAAAUUUUUUGAUAAACCUUGAUGAGAUAAAUGAUUAUGCUUGGGGAGAAGCGUGUCUUGUGGAAAUACAUCAGAGUUUGCAGGAGAAUAUUGUUUGGAUGCCCUAUUCAAGUACUAUGCCAUGCUAUUUCAAGUAUCAAAUGCAUAGGGAACUAGCCGUUGUCCCUUUCUUCUGUAUUGAAAACCACAUGUAUCAUCUCCCAUACAAUGGAAAGGUUCAACUUCAUAUUGAUGAAAAUGUGAGUAGGGAUAUGAAAAUUCUAUAUCAAACCCGAGUGAAGAGUUCAUAUAGAAAAUUUGUUCGUGCUCCGGCUCCAAGAGGUAAUGGGAGAAAAGAUUAUUUUAAAAUUUGGAGACAAAGAUUGGGAAAUGAUGUAUUUGAUCAGCGGAUGCAAAUAAAUGACCAAAAGUGGAUUAGAGUUGAUGAUGAGGAUGUGAUGGAGAAUAAUGUAUCAGUUUUCAAGAGAAAAUACAGUGAUGAAUUCCUUGAAUUUUGCUUCGAACGAUUUCAUGUUGCCAUAUGGUCAUCAAGAAAGUGGGAAAAUCUAGAUCCUAUUUUGCAAAAUCUGUUCCCAAGUGCUCGUGAUAGAUUCAUUUGUAGAUAUAGUCAAGAACAAUGUUGUAAAGUAAACCAAGUUUUUUGUAAAGAUUUGACUCGUAUUUGGGUAGAUUUACGGGCAAUGAAAUAUGGGAAAUUCGAUGAGAGCAAUACUUUACUUGCGGACGAUUCCAUCGAAAAAAGCGUGAGAAAUCUUGUAGAACUCAAGAGGUUAGCUAUUGAACAGAACUUGAAGGACUCAGAGAGGAGGUUUGAAACCAUGGUGAAGGAAGCUAGAAUGAGAAGAAACGUGAGAGGGAUAAACUGCUGGAGGAGUUUAGAGAAUAAAUAUGAGGAGAUUGAGAAAGAAGGGAUAACGAUUCACACGUUGGAGGAGAGCAUAUCGGAUAUAGAUGAUGUGGAUGUUAAGAAUCUAAGGGAGGGCAUCUGCUAUGAGUAUGUUAAAGAGGAAGUUGAGAAGAUUUUCCAGAUGCGUAGUAGUGCUGCAGUUGGUAGCUUUGCUAAAGCAGUUUUGUAUGAUGUCGUGCUCGAUUCUGGUUUUGGUGGUGAAAGGGGCUCUGAGGGCAAGGAAGAUGUGCAUAAUGAACUUCUUGACAGCUAG